AUGGUACGGCCUGAAGCCGUUUGGGAAAAAAGUUCUACGCUAUUAUCAGAUGGCAUACUACAUGAUCAUAUCACCAUAUUUAACUCGCCAGAUUUGACUCUGUCUGAAUCUGAGUUAUUACAACUGACUCUGAUUGAAAUCGAGCAAAUACUUAAUAGUAACGGAAAGACACUACGUGAUUUCCCAACAAUGCCAUAUCUUAAUAUGGAAAACAUACACCUUCAAAGGCGGGGAAUUAUGCAAAAUAAAUUAAUACUUGAUGAACUAUUUUAUGAUCGUGUUUUGUUAGCAGAACAACACAGUCAAUACUUAGCACAAAUGACAUCGGAACAAAAGACCAUUUAUGAUAAAAUUAUUACUGCAGUGAACUCAAAUUCAGGAGGAGUUUUCUUUUUAUACGGAUAUGGAGGUACAGGUAAGACUUUUAUUUGGAAAAUAUUAUCUGCUGCUAUUAGGUCAAAAGGUGAAAUUGUCUUAACAGUUGCUUCAAAUGGUAUAGCAUCUCUUUUAUUACCUGGAGGAAGAACAGCUCAUUCCAGAUUUGCAAUACCUCUUACUCCUGAUGAAUAUUCUACUUGCAACAUUAAACAAGGAAGUCAAUUGGUAGAGUUAAUUUCUGAAACAAAACUUAUUAUUUGGGAUGAAGCACCAAUGAUGAAUAAGUUCUGUUUUGAAGCACUAGAUCGGACUAUGAGAGACUUGCUUCGUUUUACUAAUGAUUCAAGUUUAUCACUACCUUUUGGUGGUAAAACUGUAGUCUUUAGCGGAGAUUUCAGGCAAAUUCUUCCAGUUAUCACAAAAGGGUCAAAACAGGACAUUGUUAAUGCUUCAAUUAAUUCCUCUUACCUGUGGCAUGAGUGCCAAAUUUUGAGCUUAACAUAG